GGGAAAAAAAACACCUGCAUCGUGAUUGGUUUGCGCCAUUUAGGCACGGAUUUCAAAUAAGAAGCAAUAACGCGGAUUUUCAGUUGUAGAGCGGAUAUCUACUGUACAAUACUUCAGAGGUUUAAAGGCCGGAGACAAGACUGCUUUGAACAACAAACAAAUCAUACUGCACAGUGUGUAACGUAUGUUUCACUCGCUACGAAGCCACCAGAGCCAACAAUAUGGAGACGAGCUAUGCUGUUGUGGCUACUACAGAGUUCAAGGUGCCUCAUCGUAAAGCUUCCCCGGUUAAGGAGCCCACCCCUAUCAAACCUGAGUGUCUUCCUGCAGGAGUGACCAGACUGGUGUUCUCUCUCAACAACAGCACACGAGCAGUCCACAAUAAGGAAAACAGCACCAACAGGGAGCAUGACAGGCCUCUGGAUGAAGGGUUUGAGGACAGUGGUUACUUGUCUCUGCAGAACAGUCAGAAUAAUGGUCACUAUGCAGAUGAAGAGGAUGACCACAUCUAUGAAAAACCCACAGCAGCCCUGAUGCCUGUUGCAGUAAAUCAAGAAAAGACAAUGUCUCCAAAUAAUUCUCCUUUCAAAUGUCAAAGAAUAUCAGACUCUAGCUGUCCAGUGUCUUUGGUGGCAGCUUCCACUCCUGUGGGUUGUGCAAAGAGAACAGCAGCAUACCCAUUGUCAUCCACCCCCUCUGAGCACCACAGUAACUCCAACCUGCCUAUACUGAAUUUUCAGAAGGCUGUGUGCGAAGAGCUUGCCAAGAGCUAUCAGAAGAAUAAGAGGUAUGACUUGAGCGUCAUCAGAAAGGUAGCGGAAGAUCAUCUUUUGGAUCGUGUGAUCGGAGGCCACAUGGGCUGCGAGUACAUCGACAUGUUUGCGUCUCUGCUUUUUAGGAACAUGAGAUGCAUCCUGACCAAUAUCCUAGCCCUGCUGGGAGACAUGGACCUCAUUAGCUGCAAGAAAGUGAGCAGGACAUGGAGGAAGAUAAUCUCUGAGGAUUCUGCAGCUCUGAGAAGGUGUGAAAGAGCCGAGGAGGCACUCAGGGAGUCAAUGAGCUCUCAGAGGCGUAGGGGUUGUGGUCUGACGAGAGAUGUGGCUGUGUCCAGGGUGGUGCUGUCCUGCAUGCAGACCCUGGCCUCCUCAAGCACUAAGUCUUCAUCAUCUUCUUCCUCGUUAACUCCACGCUGCGGGGUCAACAGACGGACUUCUCCCUCACAGAAGGGCAGCACGCCCAAUGUCCGGUGUACACGCUUCAACGAGUAUAUGCAGGCUGCCAGCGGUUUGAAGCAGCAUGAGUCUCUGCGUUCCUGCAGGCAUUGCGGCUUUCCAGCCAAGCAUUCGCCUGAGGCUCAGAGGGCCGUGUGCACUCGUCAAAACUGUCUUUUCGACUUCUGCACCCGCUGCCAGGAGGCUUUCCACGGCUCAACCCCCUGCCGAACGGUUCAGCCACAAUCAUCUAAGGCAACACCGAUCAUACCAGGGAGUGCUCGCAGCAAGAGGAAUGUCAGGCGCCUGUGACAGUUUUGCAAAGCUUUUUAACAGAUUGUUUGUUUUUAACUGGUUAGGUACUUUCUCUGCAUGGGCAAUGAAACUGUAUGUGACCCUUGCUCUGCCCAUCUGUAGCAACUGAGUGAAGCACUUCUUUAAGGCACUACUGGAACAAACAACCAGAAAGUGUGGUUUGGAUGAAACUGUUGUCUGUCAGCGACAAACAUUUGGUGCCAGAAAAAAGGAAAAUAUGGAUCCAAUUUAUUGUUUUUAAGAUGAAAUGGAUGUAAAUAUGUUAUCACUUUUACAUAGUUCGUUUUAAAUAAAUGUCGAUCUUCAGGAGGUCCUAAAAUGUU